AUGGCGGAAUUAAACGGUGCUCCAGCAACGCUAAACACAAUGGCUGAAGAAGUUGUAGUGCAAAAUGAUUGUGAGUAUAACGUCACUAGUCCUGCACCGCCUGCAGAUCAAAAUUUACAAAUAAAUCUAGAUGGCGACGGUGGCAGUCUCAGCGCACCACAAGAAUUGCUAAUCCAUAGCAGAAAAAAACAGCUCCGUUUACAGCAACUAGAAGAGACCAUGCGUUUAAGAGAAGAGUAUUUACGGGAAAAAUUUCGCAUUUUAAACGCAGAAGAUGCAGACGAGGAAAUAGAAGGUUCAUGUGUUAUUGGCCCCACCAAAAUGUGUGGAACUAAUGUGAGCGGUAACACAGCAUUUUCGCCUACUCCAGUGCAGCCUGUACAAAAUAACAGAACCAACAUAUGUCCAGCGCGUGAGGUACCGGUACAUACGGUUAUGCAGUCACCACGUCAGCCGUCGACGCGGACUGCGGCAGAGCGUAGUCAGGCCUUACAUGUAGACUGCAACGGUAAUUCGCCAAACAUAUUUACAACGUUCACAGCACCAACAAGUACAGCACGUUCGCCAAAUCAGGUAUUCGCAAGUCAAUCAGCCGAAACCUGUAAUUUGACGACUUCGCAGUUUGCAGCGCGGCAAUGCGUGCCAAAAGACUUGCCGGUAUUUAGCGGUGACCCCCAAGAGUGGCAUAUUUUUGUUAGUGCAUAUGAACAGAGCACACAAAUGGCUGGUUACUCUCAUCAUGAGAAUUUAGUUCGCCUUCAAAAGUGUCUACGUGGUAAGGCUAGGGAGGUCGUGCGCAAUUUACUGGUAUUACCGGAGAUGGUACCUGAUAUUAUAAAUACGCUCAGAAUGUAUUUUGGACGUCCUGAGCAAAUACUUAGAGUACUUAUUGAUAGGGCGCGUCAAUUACCAUCGCCUAAGGGUAAACUUGAUCUACUCAUCGACUUUGCAUUUGCUAUCAAGAAUAUAGUAGCAAUAAUUCAUGCAAGCAAACUAAGCGGUUACCUCAACAGCCCAUUACUAUUGCAGGAAUUCGUUGAGAAGCUCUCUCAGGAGUCAAAACUUAACUGGGCAAUUUAUUCAACUGGCAUGAAUAACCCUUGCUUGGAAGAUUUUUCUACCUGGUUGUCCACAUUGGCUGAAGCAGCUUGCCGUGUUACGAAUCCGGCAUCACUCUCAGAGAAACUUAACAAGCGUGAAGCUCAUUUGCACACGCAUAAAUCUGAUGCCGUUUUAAAACAAUACGAAGAAGCAAAAUCUAUGCCCAGAUGCGCAGUAUGUAAUAACCCGCAUAAGGUUCCUCAGUGUGACCGGUUUAAAGCACUCACUAUGAAUGAGAGAUGGGACUUUGUUAAGAGGAAAAAUCUAUGCCGCCAGUGUUUGGGAACACACUCUCGCCGCUGCUGGAGUAACAAGUCGUGUGGGGUGGAUAGCUGCACAAUACGUCACCACAGGCUCCUUCAUUCUGAUGUUAACAAAAAUAGUGAAGUUUCAACGAUGCUGAAUAACCACCGUUCGAUUUCCAGCAACAACACCACAUAUUUUCGAAUCUUACCGAUAGUUUUGUAUGGAAGAAAUAAAACAAUAUCCACAUACGCGUUUAUGGAUGAUGGAUCUACACUAACACUUAUAGAUCAAACACUUGCAGAUGAAUUGGGUGAGGCUGGCGUUCCCGAUCCUCUAUGCAUUCACUGGACUGGAGAUAUAAACCGAUAUGAAGCUGAUUCGCAACGGCUCGAUUUACGAAUUUCAGGUAAUAUUCAAGGUGCGAAAAUAUAUCCACUCCGAGGUGUUUACACGGUUAGUAGCUUAAAUAUGUCAUCAUCAACAUUGAUUGCUGACCAAUUGAAAACAAAAUAUGCACAUUUAAAAGGCAUUCCCUUGCCAAACUUUAUUGACAUAGUUCCUAAGCUAAUUAUUGGCGUAAAUAACCCCAAUUUGAUAAUGGCACAGAAGAUACGUGAAGGUGGAUGGCAAGAUCCCGUAGGGGCGAAAACCAGAUUAGGGUGGACAAUUUUUGGUGGCGGUAAUAAUCAGAGUAAAGGUAACGGAUUAAACUUACAUAAAUGCGACUGCGAGAGCGAUAACAACUUGCAUGAACUCGUAAAGUCUUUCAUGUUGAAUGAAAAUAUUGGAAUUUCAGUGCCAAAGGUAAAUCCAGUUUCAAUGGAAGAUCAACGAGCCAUAGAAAUUUUGGGUAACUGCGAGUUGCAUGAGGACAGCUUGCCAACAGCUCUUAGUCGCUUUAAGUGUCUGGAACGUAAGUUAUCUAGCAAUCCUGAACUACAACGCAAUAUGCAGGAACAAAUUGACAACUUAGUUAAGAAAAAUUAUGCGACCAAGUUACCGAACGAAGCUAUAAAUGACCGUGGUGACAAAAUUUGGUAUUUGCCGGUUUUUAUUGUCCGCAAUCCGCACAAGCCAAAUAAAAUUCGACUUGUAUGGGAUGCAGCCGCAAAAUCUAGAGAUGUAUCCCUAAACAAUUUCUUACUGAAAGGGCCAGAUAUGUUAACUCCACUAGUAAAUAUAUUAUUCAACUUUCGAAUGGGUAGAAUCGCAAUAUGCGGUGAUAUCGAAGAAAUGUUCCACCGCAUUAAGUUACGACACCCAGACGCAGAUGCUCAGCGUUUUCUCUGGCGUACUAACAUGAAUGAUCCGAUAAACGUUUACAGGCUCAACGUUUUAAGUUUUGGUGCUUCUUGUUCUCCAUGUAUAGCGCAUUACGUGCGAAAUCUAAAUGCUUCGGUACACGCUGCUCAAAAUUCUCAGGUAGCGUGUGCAAUAAAGAAUCACCAUUACGUCGAUGAUUUUAUUGAUUCGGCUCGAACCGUCGACGAAGCUAUCAAAUUGGCAAAAAAUGUUCGAGAUGUUCACUCUAAAUGUGGUUUCAACAUGCGUAAUUGGUCAAGCAAUUCGCCAGAUGUUUUAGCAGCGCUUAAUGGAGAUGGGGAGCCACAACUUAAAUCAUUUGACUGCAGUAAGGAUGUCAUAAAUUUCGAAAAAAUACUUGAUAUCUGGCGAAGUGGAAUAGACUGGGAUCAACCGUUAAAUUAUGAACUUUCAUUGAAAUGGAAAACUUGGAUUGAAUACAUUCCCGUUAUUACUAGCGUGUCGGUACCGCGUUGCUACUCUCCACUCCUUUACGAGGAUGACUGUAAAGUACAACUGCAUACGUUCGUAGACGCAAGUGAAAAUGCAUACGCAGCCGUAUCAUAUUUUCGUAUUGAAGCUGGAGGUCACGUCGUCAGUAGGUUGGUGGCAGCUAAAGCAAAGGUCGCACCGUUGCGCCCGCUCUCAAUACCACGACUGGAACUACAGGCUGCGGUAAUUGGUGCACGUUUAACAAACAUGGUUGAGGAAGCACAUCAUAUAAAAUUUGAGAAACGUUGCAUCUGGAGCGACUCAAAAACCGUUCUAAAGUGGCUUCAUGGGGAUCCGCGUAAAUUUCAACAAUUUGUAAUGUUUCGUAUCGCUGAAAUCCAAGAAGCAACUGCUAUCAGUGAAUGGCGUUGGAUACCAACAAAAAUGAAUGUCGCUGAUAUUGCUACGAAAACGAGGCCUUGCAUUGAGGUAGCUCAUCAGUGGAUAAAUGGUCCCGCUUUCCUUACUUUACCUACUAAAGAGUGGCCGGAACAAGAAGAUCUGGGUACGGUGAACCCUAGCGAAUUUCGAACUAAGCUUCUAAUUCACAACGUGCGAAAGGUAAAUAUCAACUUUGAAUAUUUUUCGAAUUGGCUUCGACUAUAUAGAGCUAUAGCAAACUGUGUGCUUUACAUCGAAAAACUUAAACAACGGCUCCAAAUCACAUCGGAAGGCAGUCAUCUAACCGCAUGUCAUUUUCGGCGUGCAAAACUGUUUAUUUUUAAGACAAUCCAAAUGGAACAUUUUGACGACUGGUCAUUGCUUAAAGUUGGUAAGCCUGUAUGUAAAACUGGUCCGCUACGAAACCUGCAAGUUUAUAUGGACGACGAGCAUCUCAUUCGCGUGAAAAAUAGGGCAACAUAUUUUCAGUCAUGCGACCAGCCUCAACGUGAUUUCAUUGUUCUACCACCUGGUCAUCGAGUAACCUAUCUUAUAGUAGAUCACUAUCAUCAACGCUUUUACCAUAUUCAGCACGAGACAGCCUUGAAUGAGGUAAGACAAUUGUUUUUUAUACCAAAACUGCGAUCGUUAUUUAAAGCUGUGAGGCGAAAUUGCCAAGUAUGUAAAAUCGCGAACGCCGCUCCGCAAGCUCCACAAAUGGCGCAAUUACCCACAGCCCGGCUUGCCGCAUAUUCUCGUCCCUUUACAUAUGUUGGAAUCGAUUAUUUUGGGCCGAUCUUAGUUACUGAAAACCGCAAGGCGAAGAAGAGGUGGGGAGUAUUGCUGACCUGCCUGACAAUAAGAGCUAUACACAUAGAAAUAGCCCAUUCUCUAAGUACUGACUCCUGUCUAAUGUGCUUGCGAAAUUUCAUUGCUCGCCGUGGCUGCCCUGUUGAAAUAUAUAGCGAUAACGGUACGAAUUUUCGCGGGGCAGAUAGCUUUUUAAAAGACGAGCUGCUUAAACUGAAUGCUUCUAUCGUAGAACGUGAACUUGCUCACAAAGGUAUCGCCUGGAAGUUUAAUCCACCAGCUGCACCUCACAUGGGUGGAGCAUGGGAACGCCUAAUAAGAACAACAAAGGCAGUGCUGUAUAAGAUUUCGCCGUCGCAGAGAUUCUCUGAUGAAAGUUUACGUUCGGCUUUGCUGGAGGUGGAGAUGAUCAUUAAUUCUCGACCGCUGACAUAUCUAUCGCUCGACUAUGAAGACCAGGAACCGAUUACCCCAAACCAUUUUUUAUUGGGCAGUUCAAAUGGAGCCAAGCCGUUUUGUAAACCUGAAGAAAUUAGCUUAAAAAUGAAUUUACGUCAAAGCGAGAUGUUUGCGAAUUUAUUCUGGCGUCGAUGGGUACGUGAAAUGAUUCCAUCACUUACACGUCGCAGUAAAUGGUUUGAAAAAGUGAAACCCAUAAGCGAGGGUGACAUCGUAUUGAUUGUCGAUGAAAACGCAGAAAGGAACACUUGGCUAAAAGGUAUAGUCGUCGAAACAACGAUGGCAAAAGAUGGACAAGUAAGGCGUGCUAAAGUAAAAACGAGGCAAGGUGUUUUAGAACGACCAGCAGUAAAGCUUGCAGUGCUCGACAUCGGCAAAGACAAGGCAAGCUCCGAAGAUUCGUCCGCUUACCGGGGGGACAUUGUUGCCGACUUAAGCAACCCGUAA